UGGGCCUUUUUCCUGUGAUUGCCUUCCGUUGGCAACGACCACUACCCCCAUUUCUUGUCAAUGAAAGCAACUGGGAGAAGCCGGAAACAUUGAAUUGUAACUAAGACGGAAGUAAAAGAAUCUGGGAAAGCAAGUGGUUGGUUGUUUCUUGUAGUUCUUUGAAGUUGGAGAAUGGCGAGUCUAGCACCGGGAGUUCUGGUGAAGCUUCUUGAUGGAAUGCAUUCGGGGAUGAAACCCACGAGCGAUCACCGGAGCUCGUUGUUGCAGGUGACGGACAUUGUGCCGGCGGAUCUAGACGAGAAAAACCUGUGGCCGAAGCAUGGCUUCUAUAUCAAGGUGUCGGAUUCUUCGCACUCAAUCUACGUGAGUCUGCCUUCGGAUCAAGACGAUUUCGUUCUGAGCAACAAAAUGCAGCUAGGUCAAUUCAUUUACGUGGAUAAAUUGGAACCCGGGUCGCCCGUCCCAGUGGUGAAGGGCGCGAAACCACUCCCCGGGCGACAUCCUCUGGUGGGAACGCCAGAACCGCUAAUGGGUUUAAGGGAGAAAGGGGAGAAAUGUGAUGAAAAGUCAAAGGCGGCAAAGACAAAUGUGUCAGGUCCGAGGCGGGGUUCUUGGGGAACCGGAAAAGGGCUGAGCUUGGGAGAUGGGUAUUCUUCUUCACCCAUGAUUCUGAAACCCAUUCCGCUGGACUUUGAGCAGUGUACGCCCGUGAAGGAGCGUGCAGCUCCCAGCUCCCUGAUGAUGUCUCCCAUGGUGAGGGGCAAGAACGGAAUCCGGUCUUCCUUUGGCGGUGGGCUGUUGGCUAAACUCGAAAGCCCUGUUCCUGCUUCUUCACUGCUUAGGAAAAGCUGUGCUGUUCCCUGUGGAUCGAUGUCCAAAUUCCCUAGAAGCAAGAGCGUGUGCGAGCGAGAACCAAGGAUUUCACCACCAACUCCCUUCAACUCAGCUGUAGCGAGGAAGAGCGCGACUCCACCCCCAAGGUUGCGAAAUCAAAGGACCCCAGCUGCUUCUGCUUCCUCCCCAAUGAUGAAGAGUUCUGAGUCUGAUGAUAGCGCCACCACUCUUCCCAUGAACUUACCUGGAAAACUCAGUAUAUUAGGGAAGGAAGCUGUGCAGCAGAGAGAUACAGCGCAGAAGAAUGCCCUCCAAGCCUUAAGAGGUGCUACUGCUACGGAAGCUUUAGUUAGAUCCCUCAGGAUGCUUUCUAGGUUGAGUAAAUCGGCUAGAGCCGACGCUCCUGCCAACUGUUUCGACAAAUUUCUUGAAUUCCACCAGCAAAUGAUGCAGGCAGUGAGUGAUAUGGUGUCCAUUCAAGCCGCUACUGAACUGGCUCAGAACCAGACUUCCAAAAAGCAGCAACAACAGCAGGAACAAGAAUCUCCCUCCAUACUAAGCGAGAUCACACCCAACUCCAAUAAUCCAGAAUCAAGUUUAUCCCAAAGAAGGAGUGGGUUGUACAAAUCGGUGGCAGCUUGCCCGGAGAGGAGCGAGCAGAAGAAGAGCAACUUUGGGAAGCAGAAAGCAGCAGCAUUUGUUGGGAAAUUAGGCUUGGGAAGUAGUCGUAGUAGUAGUAGUAGUAGUGGGGAGAAUGAUGAAAAUGAGAAGCCGCCAAUGGCAAUGGCAAUGGCAAUGGCAAUGACAUCAUGGUGUAGGUUGGGCGACACAAUCAAACUGGCGAAGCAGAUUGAAAGGGAAGCUGGAAAGUGGUUUAUGGAGUUCAUAGAGAAAGCAUUGGAAGCGGGUAUGAAGAAGAGCAAGGGAGCGGGAGACGAGGAUGUCAGCAAAGUUCCUCAGUCUCUAUUACUCAAGCUCAUCAACUGGAUGGAGGUACAGUGUUGUAACAAUAACAAGACGACGGGGGCGGCAGUAGUUCUCCAUCCCAGAGCCUCACAAAUUGCUCGCAAAUUAAGAAUCAAGAUCAAGAACCCUUGACUAUUAUUAUUAUUCUCAAUUUCUCUUUGCUUUGCUUUGCUUGCAGCAACAUGAAUUCAAUUCUUCACUCAUUCUCCCCAAUAAUACUUGUCAUUAUCUAAAUAGAUUAAACAGAUUUUCGGAAUAAGCGAAAAGACUGUGAUAUA